UCGGCUAUGUCGGAGAGUGCCACUGUCCACUGUUUCUCUGUUGUUCGAGCUUUGAGUUCGUUGAACCUUGAGGUCUGGAAAGCCGGGUAUGUCGGAGAGUGCCACUGUCCACUAUUUCUCCUCUAUUCGGAGAGUGCCACUGUCCACUAUUUCUCCUUUGUUCGAGCUUUGAGUUCGUUGCAUCUUGAGGUCUGA